GCACAUUUCAAGGAAGUGAGGCAGUUUCCGUCUGGAGAGCUACAGGUCGCCAAAGACGGAAAGUAUUCGCAACAAUUGUAGUUGGAACGAGAUUGUCAACUUUCUUUGAUGGCGAGAUGGGUUACGAGGUGGUGCGGUUCGAGGGAGAUGUAGACGAGGAGCUGAUCUGCCCCAUCUGCAGCGGAGUGUUGGAGGAACCCCUGCAGGCACCACAAUGUGAACACGCGUUCUGUGCUGGCUGCAUUCACGAAUGGCUGACCCGCCAGCCCACCUGCCCUGUUGACCGAAGUCCGAUCACAUCCAACCAGCUGAAGCAGGUGCCCCGGAUACUGCGCAACCUGCUGUCGCGGCUGCACAUCAAGUGCGACAAUGCCAGCUAUGGCUGCAUGGCGGUGAUCAAGCUGGACCUGCUACAGAACCAUGUGCAGGAGUGUGAGCACAACCCCAAGAAGCCUGUGCACUGUGAGCAGGGAUGUGGACUUAUCAUCCCUAAAGAUGAACUCAAGGACCACAAUUGCACUCGAGAGUUGCGCAAUAUUGUGAUGCAGCUGCAGCAGAAGAUGCAAGAGAUGCAGUCGGAGAACGCUGAACAGAAACUGGCCCUGAAUGAACAAAAACGAGAAAUACAACUCUUAAAAGAGUACAUGAGAUCUAUGCGUGUGUCUAACCCACGGAUGAGAGAAAUUCAGGCAACCAUGGAGAAUGAAGAUGUCAUCAGGUGGGUUGGGAGCUUACAGGCUGCCAGGGUGACGCGUUGGGGGGGAAUGAUAUCUACCCCCGAUGCGGUGCUACAAGCUGUCAUCAAGAGGGCGUUGAUCGACAGUGGUUGCCCCACACAUAUAGUCAAUGAGCUGAUGGAGAAUGCCCACGAGAGGAGGUGGCCCACGGGUCUCAGUACUCUAGAAACGCGGCAGUUAAACAGAAGGCAGUAUGAAAAUUAUAUUACAAAGAGAAUCCCAGGGAAGCAGGCAGUGGUGGUAAUGGCCUGUGAGAACCAACAUAUGCCAGAGGACCUUAUAAUGGAGCCGGGGCUAGUCAUGAUCUUUGCUCAUGGAGUAGAAUGACUCCAGGGUAUGAUAUAGCUUUAAUCAAGAUAUUUAAGGGAAGAACCACAUCAUCUCUGAUCUCUGUGAUGUACUUCUACCUGUGAAGACAACCGGAUGCACACUCGGUCGAUGUUCUGACUGCAGGAGGCCAGUCACUAACCGGUUACCAACUCUCGUCCAGUUGGAUGUCCUUCACAAGCCCUGCACUCGGUCUACUGUCACGUCUUGGAGUCAUCAGUCUCCUGCCUUACAGUCUGCUUGUGCUUUCCAUGUGGGAAUUCCCAGAUGAUGUGUUGCAUGUAGGUGGCAUGAUUGUAGCCAUCAAUUACAGUGUUUACACAGGAUACUUACCGAUCAAAAUAUAAUGCACUUUCAGUAUAUUCUGAUUUUCUGGAUUUCUGAGUUUCAGUUGAAGUUUUUUUAUGAAUUUAAGCUAAAACAUGAUAAAACCAAACUUACAUAUUCGUGUUCAUUUUGCAGUUUCUGCUGUAAACUAGUGCUUUUUAUGGAUUUAAUGCAUUUCAAUGAUGGGUAUUAGCUUUUUUUUUACAAAAUACAAAAGUUAGCUUGUGAAUUGUAUGUCAUAAGUUCAGGUUUGCCUGUGGAUUUGGCAAUGCUUGUUUCCGUGAAUGGGGACGUCUUGGUACCUGGAUACAACACACAGUUGAUGAUGUUACUGAUAACUCAUCCUCGAUAAUCUCCAGGGUACACGUUAUGAUAAAUCUCCACUAGUACCUUUGAUGCAUCUACGGCUCGGCCCGGUAAUUGUAUUACCUCCCUUUGCUGACUUUUAAUCCAAUCAGGUGU